ACACAGUUUUUAGGCCAAUAUCUAUACAAAAAAUUCCUCCACAAAGUGUGUCACAAUCAUUUAGUAUGUUAAAUCAACCACAAGGUUCACAUGACCAAUACAUUGUGGGCGCUUUAAAGUUUCGCAAUAGGACUACUAUAUCUGGAACAAAUCUGUUGAUUCUAAAAUCAUUUUUUGAGAAACAACAUUUUAUUACUGCAUCGCAAAAAGAAGAAUUGGCCAAGAGGACUGGAAUGACCCAAAGAACUAUCAAAAAUUGGUUUAAGAACCAGAGACAGUUGUUAAAAAAGAAGCAAGACCCACUGAAUUCAGAUCAUUUGCCAACACGUGAACAUAACAUUCCACCACAAAGUGAAUCGCUUGCGAAACUUGAAGAAUUCAUUAUAUCAACGACUGACCAUUUACCUCAUCAGAGACCAUUUACCAUUGCACCGCCUCUGCCUCCCCAAAACCUACCGACCACUAUUGAAAACAUUCCAGUAACACUUCAUCUGUUACAACCUCCACAAAACCAACCACAAAACCAACCAAAAACCUCAAAAGAUGACAACGGUAGGGUUUUGGGCACUUUGAGGGGUCGCAUCAGGACUACUAUAUCUGAUAAGAAUCUGCUGCUUCUAAAAUCAGUCUUUGACAAACAACGUUUCAUUACUGGAUCGCAAAAAGAAGAAUUGAAGUUUGAUCAAUAUAAAAUUCCUGUUCUUAACGAUGGAGCUGGUUUGAUUUCACCAACAUCAACUGGAGUAUUAGCAAAGCUUCUGGAUUUCACAACGGCCCACAAACAGUUCCUAAAACCAGAAACGUCUGCCCAACAACCAACUCAACCUGUACCACAAAUACAGUCUCCUCCGCCAUCACAAGGGCACUCUCAACAGCCUCAAAAUCAACCUCAACCUGAACUUCAAACUCAGUCUCAACAACCAGAUCAAAGCAGGCAGAGCAGUAACCAAUUUCCACCGAAAGAUGACCCGUUCGCAUUUUUGAAUGUCAGAAACAGGACGUCUAUAAGCAAAAACCAGGCCGUAAUUUUGAAAACUUAUUUCGAAAAAAAUCAGUUCGUCGAUAACGCUCUGAAAGAACAUUUAGAAAAAGUGACCGGUUUACCUGGAAGAGUGAUAAAAAUUUGGUUUCAAAACAGAAGAAGGGAAAAUAAAAAUAAGAUUAAGUAUGGAAAUCCUUAA